ACACACAGCGUUACUACCCCUAGAGCUGUGUACAUUCUAAGUCACCUGCGAACUGCAACAAUAAUGCAGCAUGAGUCGCGCAACAUGAAUCGCCAGCAGGACGCCAAGGGAGUAAUCUUGACCGGGUAUUUGAGCAAUAGUGAAGUUUCACCUCCCGCCUCAGUUGUCAAUAAUGCCGAAGAGAUCGAGUCUUCAUCGUUGAGUCGCAGGACAGGCCUCUACAGUGUCCAGAGCCGCCCCAAAAAGGCCUCAGGAAAGCCCCCAUACCACUGCUGUAACUCCCGGGACUCACUGGACGAGCUGUUCAUGGAUGAAUACUGGACAGAGGUGGAGAACAUCACCCUUAGCGGCGAGGGAAAGGGGGAUGCAGAGCCACAGGAGGUGGUUCAGCUGAAGUUGCCUGAUGAGGGGGAACAGGAGAAGGCAUGGCUGACUGAGGCAGGGCUGGCCUCUCUGUUUGACGAGUCGGCGUCGGACCCCGAGGAUAUGAUGGGGCUGUUGUUCACACUGACGCGCACACAGGCUGCCGCCGUAGAGAAACGUUUUGAAACCAUCAGGAAGAGGAACAAGCAGCACCACAUACCUGACGUCAGAGACAUCUUCAAACUCCCAGGCACACUGGAGUCAAAGGAGGAUGAAGCAAAGUCAACAGAGAGAAGUGAAAACAGAAAAAUGAAUAUUACGACAGAUGGUCAGGUGGUGGGGCAGGGGAAUGGGGAUGGCCCUUCUGAGCAGAGUGUGUCUGAACCUGAGACUGACAUCAACCUAGAGCUGUCCUUCUCUGAUCAGGCCCUCAGCUAUAAGGAGGACUCAAAGGCCAGAAGUGAGGCUCUGACGGACACAGACGAUACGCUACCUAACUUCAAGCUAAGCAGAGACAAGACUGGGCUGACCAAGAUGGGGGACCUGUCCCCUCAGGAUAUGAAGAAGGUGCACCGCCUGGUACUGAUAGAGAUGACCGCUCUGUUUGACACGGCAGGCAUCGACCUCAAGGCCCACAAAGCAGUCAAACUCAAGGUCAAAGAGUCUGGCCUGUUUGGAGUUCCCCUGGCCACCCUAUUGGAGCAGGACCAGAGGAGACAGCCAGGGACCAAGGUGCCAAUCAUACUGCAGAGGCUGAUCUUUCACAUAGAGGAGGAAGGUCUGGACACAGAGUGGCUUCUACGGAUACCCGGAUCAGCCACGAGAGUCAAGGCGGUGCAUGUGGAGCUGGAGGGGAAGUUCUAUGAGGGCCUGUUCUCAUGGGAGAGUCUGAAGCAGCACGAUGCAGCCAGCCUGCUCAAGCUCUUCAUCAGGGAGCUGCCCCACCCACUGCUCACUGUGGAGUACCUCAUUGCUUUCAUGGCAGUGCUCAAACUGCCCACUAAGACGCAACAGCUGCAGGCUCUCAACUUAGUGGUUCUGCUACUUCCAGAGUCCAGCCGUGAUGUACUGAAGGCGCUGAUGGAGUUCCUUCAGAGGGUCAUAGACCACAAAGAGCAGAACAAGAUGACCUUGAACAACGUUGCCGUGGUGAUGGCUCCAAACAUAUUCAUGUUUAAAGGCUUCCGCAACAAGAUCAGUAUGCAGCAGGAAUUAUCCAUGGCCACAGAGACCGCCAACAUCGUCAGACUGCUCAUCCGAUACCAAAACCUGCUCUGGACGAUUCCUAAAUUCAUAAUGAACCAAGUCAGGAAACAAAACACGGAGAACCAGAAGAAAAUUAGCAAAGAGCGUGCCAUGAGGAAACUCUUAAAGAAGAUUGCUUAUGACCGAGAGAAACCCGAAAAACAGGAGAAACCCCCCUCAGAGGCGGACAGUAGUUCUCAGGGCUUCAUCAGGGUCCAGGCCCCUCAGUUCUCUAAGGUCUCCAUGGCUGUCCAGUUGACUGAAGAGCUGCAGGCGUCUGACGUCCUCAGUCACUUCCUCAGCCAGAAGAGCUCUGUGUCUGUGAAGAGAGAAGACCUGUGCCUUUAUGAAAUAGGGGGCAAUAUCAAGGAGCGCUGUCUGGAUGAGGAUACCUAUAUGAAAGACCUGUUGGAGCUGAACCCCAGUGCAAAGUGGGUCAUCAAGUGGGUCAUCCAGAGAUAGGAUACUCACACCCUGCCAGCCAUGUCUUAAAGGUUCAAUGCAGCCAUUUUUAUCUCAAUAUCAAAUCAUUUCUGGGUAACAAAUAA